CACAGAGAGAGGGGGAGAGAGAGAGAGGGAGAAAGAGAGAGAGGGAGGGAGAAAGAAAGAAAGAGAGAGAGUGAGAGGGAAACGCAUAGAAGAUAUUAGGAAAGCGCACACACGCAGCCUGAAACAACGUGUGCAAUGGAGGAUCUGUGUGAGAUGGACUGUUCGGUGCUGAAGCGGCUCCUGAAGGAGGACAGUACCAAGUGCCUGCUUCUGGACUGCCGCUCUUUCCUCGCCUUCAGUGCGGGACACAUCCGCGGAGCCGUCAACGCCCGCUGCAACACCAUCGUGCGCCGUAGGGCCAAGGGCUCCGUGCUGAGACUGGAACAGAUCCUGGCCGGGGACGAGGAGGUCCGGGGUCGCCUCCGGUCCGGGAUGUAUUCUGCCGUGGUGCUGUACGAUGAGAGAACGCCGGAUUUGGAGAUGGUGAAGGAGGACAGCAUCGUGACUGUGGUGCUGAACGCACUGUGCAGGGACUCCUCUGACGCACACAUAUACCUGCUCAAAGGUGGAUAUGACAGGUUUUUCUCAGAGUAUCCAGAGUUUUGUUUGAAAACCAAAUCCUUACCGGCCCUCACCAGCCAGUCCAGCGUGGAGUCUGCCUGCUCGUCUUGUGGAACGCCACAACAUGAUCAGGGCGGUCCCGUCGAGAUCCUCCCGUUCCUCUACCUUGGCAGCGCCCUCCACGCCUCAAAAAAAGAGGUUUUGGACGCUAUAGGAAUCUCCGCCUUGCUCAACGUGUCGGCAGACUGUCCUAACCACUUCGAGGGCGUGUACCAGUACAAAUGUAUCCCUGUGCAGGACAACCACAAAGAAGACAUAAGCUGCUGGUUCCUGGAGGCUAUCGAGUUCAUAGACUCAGUACGGGACUCUAGUGGACGGGUACUGGUCCACUGCCAGGCAGGCAUCUCCCGCUCUGCCACCAUCUGCCUCGCCUACCUGAUGAAGAGGAAACGGGUGCGUCUGGACGAAGCCUUCGAGUUUGUACGAAGACGCCGCAGCAUCAUUUCCCCCAACUUCAGCUUCAUGGGCCAGCUGCUGCAGUUUGAGUCUCAGCUACUUGCCACCUCAUGCGCUGCUGAAGCAGCAGCCACGGCGAGCCCUCUGCUCGGACCCAAGUCAUCGGCAACCACCACCUCAACGACGGCCACUCCGACCUCUCCGUUCAUUUUUAACUUCCCGGUUUCUGUGGUUAACCCUGCCUACCUGCACCACAGCCCGAUUACAACCUCACCCGGCUGCUGAUGGACAGCCAAUCCUGGCCGCCCCCAAAUAGACAAAACUGAGCACAGACCGGGCUGUGGUUGGCUAAAGGAGCUGUCAGUCCUGGAGAAGCGUCAUGGUGCCUGAUACACAACUCUGAAGUAGACUGAAAUGACUUUUAAAGUUCAUAAACCAGUCAGUGCUCCUUCCAUUUUAAAUGAGAUUUAUUCAAACUGACCAAAAAUGUACUGGCUUUUAGUUUGGAUGGAGUGUUCGACUGACGUUUACUGAAGAUACGCCCUCAUCCUUGAAAAACGACAACAUGCACAGAGGCACACUGACACACAAACACUGACAUAGAGAGGCAUGAUUUUUUUUUCCUCUUUUUCUCUCUGUCUGUUUAACACACACACACGCACACACACAUACACACACAUUCAUGACUACCAACUGAAUAAGCUCAGUAUGAAGACAGGGUCUGUUGCUAUGGAGACGACAGGUCUUUAGGAGAGGAGAUGGACACAGGAAGGAAGGAGGAAUUUUAAGCACCCACUCUUUCCCCUUUGGGUGUCCUCCUGUUGUCAGACAAAAGAGAUGGAUGGAAAAAGAGGGGAGGAGAUGGUGAUAGAAAGCAGGAGCCUCUUCAGUGACAGGUGCUGUGUUGGCGAUCUGACCGGAGCUUCCUGUCUUUCAUUCAUCCUCUUCCUCUCCCUGCCCCCACCCCCCCACCCCCACACCUUCCAUCUCCUCUCUCAUCUCCUUUUCAUCCUUUUAUAUUUCUCCCCUCUUCACCUCUUUACCUCCUCUCAUCUCUUCCCUCUCAUCUUCACUCCAUCCGCCCCCUUCUCAUCCCUGAAGGGAGGCUAAAUAAAUAAUAUAAGAUGCCAAAUAAAGGCCAAAGCCCCAGCAAAUGGACUAGGAAACCCUUCUAUGGGCCUCGGGUACAACCUCUUAUGUAACAGAAAAAUGCCAUUUGGGUGGGAAUUUUGGUUGAGGUUUUCCUUUAUGAUCAUUGGGAACUCGGCAUUGGGACAUAAAGGAUCACACCGGUGGUUCUGUAUUUGACACCAUGCAGUCUAUUCUUCACCAUUUUCCAAAACGUACUUAACUUUUAAAACAGCGUCUGCACAUAGGAUUAAUUAAAUCUAACAAAAUUCUUUGGGAGACAGUCAAGCUCUAGGUUAAAAUGUGUUACAUUUGUGCCUUGUUCUUAAAGGUAUCACGUGGAUUUACCUUAUCUUAAACUAUAGCUUUUACAGUUCAUAUCAGGCCAGACUUAAAAUGGAUCUGUCCCUCAAAAAUCCAUCUUUUAGCUGUUUUUGAUGUUGGACUGGACUGGUUUUGUUCUUCAAAAUGUUUUGUCUCUCAUCCAAGAGACUUCAUCAGUUCUAUUUGCAGAUUACCCUACGCAGACCCUUCCCCUUACAACUUUAUAAGUCUGCAUUCAAGAACAAAACCAGUCCAGUUGAACUUGGAAAACAACUAAGAAUGAACAGAGGACCUGGACAAAUGGGAACUUUUACACACUUAAAACUGUGCAGUUUUAGAGGCUUAGAAUACAAUCAAACAGCAGCUACAGAGGCGUCAGAAUAUUCUACAUCAUACCCAAAGAUGACAUGAGAAGCAGACCGAACUGGCCACAAUUCAGUAAGAGGAAGUCAUCCAUAAUAUUUACAACAAUACAUUCACUCUUGUAAACACAAACACAUCAACCAUAUAAAGCUUCUCUGUUUUUGGCACUUGUCCACAUCUCUUUCCGUAGCACUUUGAACUAAUGCAAUACUGAACUUACAAUCCAUUUAGGAAAAAAGACAUCAUCACUAUUCUUUUAGGAAGUUCCAUGUCAGUCCAGUACAGUGUUUGUACUAAGAUGCUUCUGCUCUGGCUGGAUCCACUCUGUACUAGACCUCCAAAGGCACAAAGUCCAAGCUUUUAUACCCGAGUCCUCAUGUACGCACACAGACACACACAGUCGUACACUCACAUGCUCAAGGUUACAACAAAAACCAACCUUUGUCUGUUUUUGAAGAUUGUCGGCACCUCUCUGUAGCACUUUGAAGUGAUGCAAUACUGUAUUUAUAAUUUAUGAUUGAUUUGCACAUCAUGGUGAUGAUAGACUGACUAGACUUCACAUAAAGACAUUCUGUUCACAUAGAGAAACAAAGAGAGAGAGAGACAGAGAGGAGAGCCAAACAGUGAUAAACGCAAUACUUUGUACACAUGUGUACGGUCUGUACCUGUCUCUGUCUGUCUGUCUGUCUGCCAGCCUGUCUCUGUGUUAGUCCAUCUGUCUCCGCUGUCUCUAUCUGGUCAGUGCUGUUUACCCAUCAUGGCAAUAUCAAUCCUCCACUUGGACAUUUAUAUUAAAAAACUACUUUCCCUCAAUUUUAUUGUUGAAAUGAAUGAUCUGUGCAUUUAUUUAUUACGGAAGACACACUGUUGAAUAAACAAUGUUCUUAAUUAA